AUGAAUAGUCGGCUAAAUAUAUUUAGAAGUAAAGCUCACAUAAUAUGCCAAAACCGAUCUAUAAAAAAUUUUCUUCCUAAAGAAGUAUAUAAAAGCAAGAUUAAUUACGAUAAAAUAGAACCAGUUCCGCAUUUAGAUGAAAAGUUAUUAAAUCAUUUGCAACAAAUUUCUCUUUUAAAAUUUACUGAAAAAGACAUUAAUAACUUAAGGGAGGACAUUUUUAUGGCUAAUGCAAUUUUCCAAUGCAGGGAUAAAACAAAGGAUAUUGAACCCCUUUAUUCUGUAAUCAACGAGAUCAAAAGCUGCCCGACAAGAGAAGAUGUGCCUGAAUCUUGUGAAAAAAAAGAAAUAUUUGAAAAUACAAAAAAUGUGUUUGAUGAUUACUUUGUUUCUCCCGAACCAAAUAAGGCUUUAGACAAGUUCUCUUAUUAA